AUGUGCAGCGGGAAAGUCACGACGCACUGCGAAGCGUUGUCUGAUAUGGGAAAGUUUUCCACUGUGCUAUCUGUCUGCAAUCUUGGCAAGAAUGUCGGACAAACUGUGCGAGAAUAAUGGCUGAAUUGGUUUGAAUAGGUGGUGCGGCUGGUUGAAGUGCAUUAGAACUGGUUCCAAGGUUCCACGGAUUGAAGAAUACGCAAAUAAAAAACGCGAAAGUAGGUCCCGUUUUCGGUUCGUCUUGUUCUGCCUAAAAUGUCAAGGACCGCUCCCUUGAAUUGCGAGCGCUCAGCUUCAGGAGGAUAAAAAUUUGGCGUAUGGAGCAGCCGUCGGGUUUGUGGAACGCAAUUACAAAUUAAACCAGGCGCAAGGAGAAUGAGGUUAAUUAAAUUAAAGAAAUAAGAGAGGCAGAAAAAUGUUUCACGAAGCGGAAGAAAAAGUGAACAAACGAAAAGUAGCGAAAUUGUUCACGGUGUCUUUGUGGUGGUUGUGCUGGUAGUGAUGGUGGUGGUGAUGGUGGUAGAGGUUGAGAGUCUCCUUGAAGGCUCGUUCGGUACCGACCGAUAAUCCUCAGAUUCUGACAGUUGAUCACAAACGAGUGUGUGGUCCCAAAGUGUCGAGUCGAACAGGCGUCUGGCACGGCAGGAUGUGAGGGGCGUGUAGUGGGUGGUUUAAGGUGGAAACUAAGACCAAGCAAGCACCAGGCAAAUACCACGGCCUGUGGUGGAGGAAUUUUUCGUGCUCGGUGAAGAUUGUGCGGGCUGACACGCGAGUCAAGUUCGUGUGGAGUGUUGUAUACUCUCCGGAUCCAUUUCCUGUGGCUAGCCGUGGCUGCGUGUGAUUGUGUAGUACGGCUGUGCAGCUCUGUGUGUAACUUCUUCGGUGGGGGUGAAAAAAAGUGGAAAACUGGAUGCUUGUUUGGGCUGAUAUCGUCCAUCGGAGGAAAAGGAAAAGGAAGUGGGCAUUUAUCAGCGGUUGAAGUGGUGACUGGAGGUGUGUUGAGAAGGUCACACACGCAGUUGGAGCUGACAACGACAGACAGGAAGGCUCAAUUAAACGGCAAGGGAGAUGAACCAGUUUCGAAGGCCGUUGGAUUACUUGUGAAGAUAUAUUACAUCGGGAUAAGAAGAUAAUUACGUCUAUCGUUAUCUAGUGUACCUAGUGCUUACGAUUAGUGUGUCUGCUUUGGGUGUUUGCAAAAAAAGGUGUUGCUGUUGCUUAAAUAAACUAGAUUAUACUGGGAGUUAAUUUAGAUACCAAUGUUCUACGCAAUAUCUACGGAAUUCAUUCAGAAGGAGUGCAAUUGCUUUGGGAGAAGUUGGGAAGAGUUGAAAGUGCGUUUGUGCUAAGACAAGAAGGAAAGUGCCAUCUAAUCAUUUUCCAUUAAACAGAGACUCACAGUCUCAUGCUGUUUUCUCACCGAAAAAUUCACCCCCGCAAUCCACCGUCCCCUUAACGAACCCCCCACGGAACACGCGACAACCUGUCUGAGAAAAGAAAUAACACUAACACUGAUACUACACUAACACACACAUACAUAGCCACUGCGGGCGAUAAGGCUGAAGGAAUUUCCUAUGAGUGAAUGAUAAAAUCCGAAACUGUUAGCGUUGCAAAUGGAACUCAUUAACUCACGACUCAUUGGCACCCCCUCCCACUAAACCACCCUCUCACCCUUUCACUCUCUCUCUCUGGAAAACAAGUGUGUGAGUGUGAAGCAAAGUGAGUGGCUCAUUCUUACCCCGCAAAAGAAAAACCAGAGCUCCGUUCAGUGUCACUGUCAGAGCGAUUUUCCGAGCAUUCGAGCAUACGUGGCGUGGGUGUGUGUUUAUAAAAAUUCGUUCCAUCGAAAAUACUGAAUCAACAACAACAACAACAACGCAGAAGCUGUGAGAAGGGCAACAGCAGUUUGGCAGCAGAGGCAUUAAUUUGGUGUAAUCUAUCGAAUUUCAGGAGUAGGUAAAGGAUAAGCAAAGUCAAUCAGGUGUUUGCGUAUACCAGUCUCUCUCAUUCAUCCUGUGUAUUUUUUUCCUGAUUUUUGGCCCACAUAGGAGCUAGGCUGAGGUGUACGUGUGUCUAUUGUGAAAGUGAAAAGUCGAAAAAUUUGCUGAACCGGAAUGUUUUUCGUAGUACUACUACUGAAAGGGGGUUGGUGAAAUAGUGAGGCAUAAAUUCUGAUUCGAAAAGAGUGUGGCAAAAAUAUUUAUGAUGUACUAAUACUACUACUGUUUGGAGCAACGACCACGGUUAACAGAUUUGUGUGAGUGGGUGGAGUGGCUGCAGGAAUAGGAGGCGAAGGAAGAAAGAAGAAAUUAAUAGUGCUGCUAUCGAAGAAAGAAGAAAAGAAAACUGUGCAAAAUAUUAAUCCGAAGGAAGGUUAUAAAUAUAGUGCAUCGAUAUAAACGUUUUCAGCUGUCUUAUAAUAUACAUUGAAGUACCGAGGAGAACAGGAAAAAACAAAACGUUACGACGGAGCGGCUUCGAUAUGAGUUGAGUGCGCGAGGAUGAGUGAUGGAUUUUCCGCUAGUUAAGGAUAAUAGUUUAUAUUUGGGAUAACGUUAGCGGAAAAGGUGUGCGGAAAUGCGCUUAGGGGGCGCCCCCGGUGGCGGAGACCCCCUAGCGAUGGGUGCCGGGAACGAUUACGCCGAGCUGUGCGACCUGGGCCCGUCCCGGUGGAGCUCUCGGAGCGGCUACCAGCAGGUCUCGCCGCCGGUCAACUCGAUCUACCACCACACUGGCGGCAGUAUUGCUGGUGUCGGCGGCGGCGGCGGCGGUUCCAUCACUGGCGGCGGCUCCAGUGCCGGCGUUGGCAUCGGUGGGGUCAGUGUCAGUGGUGGGGGCGGCACGAUGGGCGGUGGAGCCACCGGCGGGGCCACGAUCCGGUCCAACAGCUUCGAAGCCGAGGACGUCAUCGGUCCCUACGGCAGUACCCGGAUCGGCAACAGCACAAGCUCCCUGCGAGGACGUUCAGGUUUAUAUUAUUCACCACCCGGUACUUCAUAUACAAUAGUAGAAAGAGAAAGACCACACUCUCCUCAUUAUUAUUAUAACACAGCCGGUGUCCCUUCCAAAGGAGGUUCAUUGCCAAGUAGAAGUAGUUAUUUAGACUCAGCUAGUUUAGGUGUUCCAACUGGUGCAGGUACAGUUCCAAAUUCUACCAGACAUAAUGGUAAGAAGCGGCCUAUCUCGCCAGAGCAGGUCAUAAGAUUGUUUAACACAGCAAGUUCAUCUUCUUCAGUUCCUACUAGUUAUCAUAGUAACGGCACGCGAGAUCGAGGCCGUCGAAGUCCUGCCAGCAGUCCGCCUUCUACUACCCACCAGAUCUAUCGAGAUCGGGAAAGGGAUCGAAGUAUACCCAAUAUCCACCAGCUAACGACGCGCACGGUGAACAUGUCCCGUGAUCAGCAGACCGAUGCCAGCCACGGGUUUGGCAUCUGCGUCAAGGGUGGAAAAGAUUCAGGUGUCGGAGUGUAUAUAUCGCGAAUAGAGGAAGGUUCGGUAGCUGAACGGGCCGGUCUAAGGCCCGGCGACACGAUACUGGAGGUGAACGGAACCCCGUUCACGGCCAUCAACCACGAGGAAGCGCUCAAGAUCCUGAAAUCGUCGCGCCAAAUCAGCAUGACGGUCCGGGCGCCCCCGUCGGCAGGGGCCUCCAUGAUCAACUCUACGGCACCCCUGCACGGCUUCGGACCGCCCCCGAGCGUUGUGGGGAGUACUAGUCGGCUGGCAGCUGCCGUCGCUGACCCGCUGGGGAGUGUCUCACUGGUUGGCGUUGGACCAGGCUCCGCCGUUGGACCCGUGGUGACGGGAGGAGGUCCGGUCGGAGUGUACCCACCACCACCGAACAGGCAAACGUGCUCCUGGAUGGACCGCCAGGGACGACCCGCUUCGCCACCGUAUGAAUAUGGUGGCCGCCGGCCGGAACGAAGGGAUCGAGUUCGAAGGGUAGACCUGCUGAUAGAACCUGGCCAAUCUCUGGGGCUGAUGAUCCGGGGUGGCGUGGAGUACGGGUUAGGAAUUUUUAUUACCGGCGUCGACAAGGACAGCGUUGCGGAUCGGGCGGGACUGAUGGUCGGCGAUCAAAUCCUAGAAGUGAACAACCAAUCCUUCAUGGAAGUAACCCAUGAUGAGGCGGUUAGUCAGUUCAAGUUCCACAAGCGGAUGUCGCUGCUGGUGCGGGACGUCGGGAAAGUGCCACACUCGUGUACCACCGUUGAACCAGAACCGUGGGAUGCCUACAGUCCAACCGGAGUGAGGACCCGCAGGAAAUGUCCGGUGUCAGCGAUGGUAGAAGAAAAAGCCAGAUCCUUAUUACCUCGUCAUCAUUUUGCUAACUUAUCAUAUUAUAUAGCGGAAUAUGGUGCUAGAGGAAUGACCAUAGAGGCCUUCGUAUCUGUUUUAUUAGAAAUGUUAGAUACACCCGAAAAGCAUACUUUAGUAACAGAAAUAAGAGAGUUAAUUUUUCCGGAAGAUAGAACGCGAUAUGACGAACUUGUAUAUAGGAGGGGGAGAGACGUUUACGGUGAUCCACUAGAUAGGCAUAGGAGAAAAGAUCAUUUACCUCACACGCAUGAUUUGCCGGUGUCCGACACGGAUCUGGAAGUAAUCGCGGCCACUGGCCGUAAUGCCUUGGAUGACUCUGGCGGCGGGUUGGUGGCGACAAAGGCUGCAGCAGGAACUGUUCCGGACAUUCGCAAUCGCCCACCGGCACCACUGCCGUAUCGCCCCAUGUCGGCCGGACCAAUUCUACACCACUCAUCGCGUCAUCUGAACGCAUCGCACAGUCAUCUGGCUGACCUUGGUUCCGGGACACCGAACCGUGGGUUGGGCUUUGGUGCCACCGCCUCCUCGCCCCCGUCUGGUGGAGUUCUCGGUUUGAACCCUUUGCAUCACCCGAAUCGUCACAAAAUAUCCUCGUCCUCUAGCGAUGUAGUCAAACAGUUGAAGAACAAGGAUUACAAUGAUCCGUCACGACCUAGGAGAGGCAGCGAGACUCAGCUAUCGAGGGCGGAUUACGACUCGUCGAUGCAGCGGCUACCGAUGGACCAGAACGGCUCAUCGCUGGAGCAGAGCCAAGAUCAGCCACCACACAUAGUACCUGACCAUAGAGGAAAUCUACACAUAACGGUGAAAAAGUCGAAACCCAUUCUAGGCAUCGCGAUCGAGGGAGGAGCCAACACCAAGCAUCCGCUGCCUCGUAUCAUCAACAUUCAUGAGCAUGGGGCCGCCUACGAUGCCGGCGGACUGGAGGUGGGUCAGCUCAUACUGGAGGUCGACGGAAACAAGGUCGAAGGGAUGCAUCAUCAGGACGUCGCCCGACUGAUAGCGGAGUGCUUCGCCGCACGCGACAAGAACGAGAUCACGUUUCUAGUAGUCGAAGCAAAGAAAUCAAACCUAGAACCGAAACCAACAGCAUUAAUAUUUUUAGAAGCAUAGCAUUUGCUAUCCCUGCCGGCUAGCGAUCCGGAUAAUUCUGAAGUGCCAGAAAAAGGGAUCGACCUUACCGCUGAUAAAUUACAGUGAGUUUUUAUUUAGUCCCUCGUUUUUGUUUUCUCUCAGUGUGAGUUUAUUAGUUCCAUUAGUUGGGUUCGUCUGUUUUUUUGUUCUUGCCAACUUUAUUUAUGUCAAUAGAAAAAGAUGGCGGGACUCUUCAAAUCGCUAGCAAAACGGUUAGCGAGUAAAGUCCUGAAAAGUCCUGCCAACUUUUUCGUCCGCUCGCUAUCAUUGCCUUGGUUUCGCUAAGACUUAUUAUCGUUUGAAAACAAAAGUCAAAAAUAGCAUUAUAAUACAAAGUAACUAAGACAUAUUGUAAAGACUUAGCUGGAGGUUAUUUUAAAAGAAAAAAACCGUGUUGUAACUUAGAGAGUGAUAUUCGUAAAAUUUACUCAGAACAGAAAAAAAAUGUUACAAGCGUUAAGCAAAUGAAACACAAAUACACUGCCAUACUUAUAAAUGUUGACACUCUUGCGAAGUAAUAUGAGGAACUGCCGUUUCUCGGGCUUUGCGUAUUACAUAGGUAUACUGUCAAACAGUAAAACAGCUCUAAAACUGCAUUUUUGUUUCGAUAUCGAUCCCCUAAUUUAGCGCAGCGCAUGAAGCCUAAUGUAUACUAAUGCUGUUUUUCGAUACCCGUUCUGGUUAUGUGUGUUAUUUUACCUUUAUGUUCGGAGUUUAAUUUCCCCCCUCCUCGUGAAUGAAUACAAUCAGCAGAAGUGAUGAGAGAGAAUUCUUUAUUCGCGGUAAUUCAGAGAUAUUCUAGCCGUCAGGGAUGUUCAAGCAGGUUAAAAACAAAACGAAAUCUAACAAAACAAGAACACUACCAAACCAAGCAAAGAACAAAACAAACACAACUGAUACAAUCCCCAACAAACAAACAAAACGAAACAAAAAAAUCGUACAGAACAAAUCAUCAGAUCUAGGAUUUCAUACAAACCUUUUGAAAACGUCGGAGAUGGGUGUGGGAAAAAGGGUCAAAGCUUUUAAGCCUAUUGGAACCCGAUUGAGAGAUCACACACACGGAUAAUACUUGUCUGAAGUAUUAACACAAAACAAACAGCCAAGCGAACCGGAUAACAAAGAGUAAUAAUAAUUGCAAUAACGUUGAGUAAAAAAGAAACUUUAACAAGCAAAGCAUCAUAAAAUACGUUAUUUGUUGACUCGUGGAUAAGUGCGUAUCGCAGCAAACAGAGAGAAAGUGGACAUGUUUUUUAACUUAAGUACUCGUGGUUCAAACGCAAAACUAUUAGAGUGUAAACGCAGGGCGACGGGUUCCAUCGCUUCGGAAGAAGAACGUGGGGUUGUAGGAAAUAGGUAUGCUUAUAGGAAUGUGCCCACCCCUGCUGCCAGCUGUCAGCUGUCUGACAGUUCGAAAGUGGCCGUCCAGGGGUGGACCGAUAUAUUUGUUGAAAACAUUGCUUGCGCGCGGAUAAAUUAGGCAUCAUACAAAUCGAUGGCUUACUCAUUAUUAUUAUUAUUGCUCGUGUGAUACUCGCUAUGGACAAACAGAACAAAACAAACGUGAUGGAAGUAAACAAACAAAAACAAAACAGAACAAACACAGACACACAGUAGGCUAAACUAUACUCAAAAUGGUAUGGAUCUAAAUACAUUAAUGCUGUGUUCUUUACGAUGUACGACAGGACAACAAAUGGAUUGGAUCGGAAGUUCUAGGCAGUGAUUGUACUUGAGAAAUGCUUUGUUAACAGUAGACAGUCGCUAAGAUAUGUAUGUAUGUAUGUAUGUAUGUAUGUGAAUAUGCUAACACAAAAAUGGGCUUGAAUCGGCUAGGAAGAUACUGAUAAUUGGCUCACGAACAGAAGCUUAGGAAUGUAUAGUUUAACGAAAUAUGUUAUUCGAGGAAAUGUAGCACCAUUUGUCGCUUGUUAUGGUCCCGAUUCUUAGUUUCCAACAGAAUAUAUACGGUUAUCUAUUACUUAAUUGCGAUUAUCAAAAUUUUUGUGUCUAUUUUUUCCAAUCUGUAUACCAUUCUACGGAUAUCUGGGGUCUCAACACGUAAUUGUACAUUUGGCUAUGUUCCACUUAAUCUGCUUCAUGGAAUCUAGCGUUGUCAAACACUGAGCUGCUCUUCGAGUACUCCUGCUAAACUGUUCGAAAACUUUCUGUCUAACCUUUAUAAAAAUGAAAAUGAAUUAAGGAAAUGAGUAGAUCACUAGAAGGUCUCCUGAGAAGAUUGAUAGCUCACCAGAACGCGAAAUAUCCGAAGGAACGGAAUAGUAAGGAGUGAGUAGUAUGAGAUGAAAUUCAUCGGCAUCUAUACUCCGAUAAGCUUUGUUCGACCGGAAAUAGUUUGCAGUUUUGUAGGGCAGAACAGACGUCAUGAACUCAGAGAGCCAGUUAUCUGUUCAUACAUCGAGAAUGGCCCAUGAGUGGAUGGAUAUUCGUAGAAAGCAUAGCGCGGUGAAUUACGGUGAAUUAUACAAAUCGAUGGCUUACAUACACAAAUUUGAAGCAAGAUAGGACUAUGUCUACACUGAUGGCUUUCCCGAAGCAACAUCGAAUACUUUGUUAUCGUCAAACUCUUAUAAUCAGUUAACCGAAUUGAUUGGUCAUUAUUAGUGUUUGCCGAUAGAUCCUUUCACUGAAUACUUCGCUUUCGUUCGUUCAAAUAUGAUCUUACAGAAAUCAUUUCCCCCAGCGGCAUUCUUUUGCUUUUACGUGCUACAAAUCAAGACACAAAAGAGAACGAGACAACUCUGCUUCGGUUAGCACUUCAUGACACACGAGCCAACAAACCGAAACCGUCAUGUACGGUUUUAAGAAAGUUUAUACAGUACAUUUUGUUUAUUGGCCCAAAAAAAUGACCUGUGCGAAAUUUCAGCUCAAUCGGACAUGAUUUAGGGGUGCCUCAAAGCUCUCAAAGUUCCUCAAAGUUUUAUUUUCGAAAUGACACCAGAUCUCGUUUCAUGCAUUUUUAAGCCAUUUGGCAUCGAAAAAAAAUUUCGAUUUUCCAAAUUUCUUUUACUCCCCCCUUGGAAGAUUUUCGAGGAUCAAAAAAAUGAAAACUAUGAGCACUUUGAGGCACCCCUAAAUCAUGUGCGAUUGAGCUGAAACUUUGCACAGGUAAUUUUUUGGGCCAAUAAACAAAACGUACAUGGUCGGUUUUUGAAAUUCGAUGAUGAAAUUUUUCCAUACAUUCAUUGCCAAAUUCCGAAAGUAAAUUGAAAUAAAAUAUGACAUAAACCAAACUUUAAUUUUAUUUCAAAUUAAAGUUUGGUUUAUGCCAUUAUGUGUGGAAUACAACAUCAUUCAAAUGUCCACCUAGGGCUUCCUCGCACACCUUGAUCCAGAACAGGUAAUUUUCGAUGACUUUUCGGCACAUAUGGGGCGGUAUCUCGGUCAUAACUUCACGAAUGUUGUCUUUCAAAUGAGUUUGCGGAGACUUGGCAUAGACACGGUCUUUCGCAUAACCCCACAAAAAAAAAGUCUAGCGGGUUCAAAUCGCAUGAUCUGGACGGCCAAUUGGCAUCACCAAAACGCGAAAUGAUGCGUCCCUCAAAUUUCGUUCACAAUGUGGCCAUGUUCGGUCGUGUUGUGAGGCACGUGGUGCCGUCCUGCUGUAACCACAUGUCAUCCGUAUCCAUAUCUUCAAUUUGUGGCAAAAAAAAAUCGGUUGACAUGCGGCCAUAGCGCUCACCAUUCACAGUUACCGUCUCGCCGUCCUCAUUUUCAAAGAAAUAUGGCACGAUGACUCCUCCAGACCAUAAUGCGCACCAAACAGUGACUUUUGGCGGAUGCAAUGGCCUUUCAACAAUCACGUGUGGAUUUUCAGAGCCCCAUAUAUGGAAAUUUUGGGUGUUCACAUAGCCACCGAGCUCGAAAUGUGCCUCAUCGCUGAAGAAAAUUUGAUGCGAAAAUUUAGCAUUUUGCUGCUGUUGUUCGUUCACCCAAUCGACGUAUGCCCGACGCAUUCCAUGGUCACCACGCUCUAAUUGUUGUACCAGUUGGACUUUAUAUGGAUGUAGGUACAAGUCCAAAUGCAAAAUUCGCCACAAUGAUGUGUUUGACAAGCCCAAUUGCUGAGCACGCCGUGGAAUCGAAACAUUCGGGUCAACCUCCACACUGGCAGCAACAGCAGCAAUAUUUUCGGCCGAACGCACAUUACGAUGAUGCACAGGUUUCACAAUAUCCGCUACGGAUCCAGUUUGUUCGAAUUUACGCACUACAUUAGCGAUUGUGUGCUCUGUAGGUCGUCCAUGACGACCAAAAUCCGUCCGUAAUGCUCGAAAAAACAUUUGCCGGUUUUUCAUCAUUUUUAUAGUAUAAUUUUACAAAAUCAACACGUUGUGCGAUGCUAAAACGAUCCAUAUUGUAAAAUGGCAGACAUUCAACUAACGAUAUGACGCUUUGGUUGACAGCUAUGUCAAACGGUUGUCAGCGCAGGGCUGUAUACUUUAGGAAGCCCGAAAUGGAAAACCCUGUAUAUACAUAAUUUUUAUUGUAUCAUUUCUCGCUCCUUACUUGUCCGUGCAGUAGUUUUCGCUAUAGUAGAACGAGACGAUAUAUGCGGUUCAAACUUGUAUGCAGACUUCGAAAAUGGUGUGCGAUGUUUGGUACAGUCUUCGUUCCUCUCUUUGUUUAAUCAUUUAGUGUAACACAUGUAAGUACUGUCAUCCAUACAAGUAUCUGAAUAAUCCACUCAUUUUUGGUUAUAUAUAUUCGUGAGAGGUUACUUGCAUGACACAUUGUGUAUCAUUUGAUAUUGAUAGAUAUCCAAACACUGCUUGAGCUACACCAGCAGGGAGCGACAAGGAUAUGGCACACUGUAUGAAAAGCAUUGAUGGUAGCCGACCUGGUCCCACAUCUUUGGAUGAAUCCACACCAGAGAGUGUUGGUAGAACAUCUCAAUUAGACACUCCAAGAGGAGGAAGAUGGUCGAGGCUAAAGGGAUUGAGCGUGGAAUUCUCAGUAGCAGCUUAAUUAGCACCAUAAGGCAUGUCCGAGGUUAUGCUCUCUCCUUUUAAGGAAGGCCCAGAAUAAAGACGAUCAUGCUGAAUGAAGAAGUUCUUAACUCAUAUUCACCAGAUAACUUGUUAUCCACCGACCGAUUAUUUUCUAUAUAACUCAACCCCAACCUUUACCAACGGGCAGUGUGGAUGAUUUUGAAGUUUGUUCAACGAUCUGAACCACAAUUUACAGGGUGAGCCAAUUACUUUGAGCAAUAAUAUCAACAUUUUCGAGUUCACUCUCCUUUACUGAGUUCUUCAAACUAAUUUACUCGAUGUUUCUUCCAUUUUUAUCAAUGGCAUCCAGCAAAACACGACUAUCGUACGGUGUGAUCCGACAUCAACUGCCAUUAUGACGUACGUACAGCAGAAUGGAGCGUUUCACAACACGUCAAAUCGAAACCAACGAUGGCUGAUAGAAAACAUUAUGUUUUGGCUAAAAGACUUGAGGUCCCCUUGAUGGCUAGAGCUUAACCCGCUUGACUAUUCUGUUUGGACCUAUGCUGAAGCUAACUUACUUACUUACUUAUUGCUCCGUGUCUGCCUGUUGGGCAGAACAAAGGGACGAUGUCAGAAGUCUCCACUGUCGACGGUCAUCUGCCAUGGCUUUCACUUACCGCCAGGUAACGCCACGAGCCUCUGGGUCUGCCUCUUCUGCGCUGUCUUUGUGGAUUCCAGUCGAGGGCCUCUCUGCAGAUCUCGUCUGCUCCUCUCCUUUAGGUGUGUCCGAUCCACUUCCACUUACGUUCGCGAAUUUCUGUAGCUAUCGGGCGCUGAUGACAUCGACGAUGGACUUUCACAUUGGAUAUCCAGUUGUGAGGCCAUCAUGCUCGAAUCAUAUAUCGCAGGCAACGAUUAACGAAAACCUGCAGUUUUUUCGUUGUCUCCGUCGAGACGCACCACGUUUCGCAGGCGUACAGCAGUACGAAUUUAACGUUCGAAUUAAAGAUUCGGGUUUUAUAUGUAGAGCUGGUUUGAGCCUCAGAUAUUUCAUAGACCUGCAAAGGCAGCCCUGGCCUUUCUGAUCCGUGUGGCUAUAUCGGUCUUGGUACCACCAUCCGGCGUUGUUUGGCUCCCAAGAUAUUGGAACGUUUCCACCUGUUCAAUUCUUUGUCCCGCUACUGUGAAGCUAGAGGUAUUGUCAGUGUUCACUACCCUGGAUUUAGUUUUGGCGACAUUUACUGCGAGACCUGCUGCUUGGGAGCUCUCGGAGAGGUCGUCUAGCUUGCUCUGCAUAUCACUUCGACUUUGGGAGAGCAAAACAAUGUCGUCGGCUAAAUCCAGGUCGUUUAUGUGCUCCAUUCUUAAAGGAUUCCAAGGCAACCCUCUGUUUUGUCUCCUGUCAAUAGUUCAAUAGCUGUCAAUAAGAAACAGUAGCGGUGAUAAUAUGCAGCCCUGUCUCAUACCGGCAGUAACCCGUAUGGGGUCGGACAAGACGCCAUUGUGCAAUACCUUGGACGAAAAUACCUCGUACUGAGCCUAGAUAAGAUGGAUUAGCUUCUCUGGGACUCCUCUACAACUGAGUGCGCCCCAGAUGUUUUCGUGGUUGAGUCGAUCGAACGCCUUUUCAAAAUCAACGAACACCAGUAGGAGAGAGUCCUGGAAUUCGUUGAUCUGCUCCAGAAUAAUACAGAGCGUUGCGAUAUGGUCCACGAAUGAUCGGCCGGCACGGAAUCCGGCUUGCUACUGCCGGAGAGUAGCGUCGAUUUUCUCCGGAAUCCGGUUAAGGAUUACCUUGCAGAGUACUUUGAGAGUAACACAAAGCAGCGUGAUGCCGCGCCAGUUCCCGCAUUCAGUCGGGUCUCCUCUCUUAGCGACUUUAACCAAAAUGCCCUGCAUCCAGUCCACCGGAAAAGUUGCGGUUUCACAUAUAUUUCUAAAUAGCUGAUGCACCAUCUGGGCUGACAAGGCUGGGUCAGCUUUAAGCAUCUCGGCUGAAAUACAGUCUAUUCCUGGCGCUCUGCUGGACUUCAUAUUCCUGAUUGCCACUUCAAUUUCAGACAGCGAUGGCCCAUCGGAGUUUACGCGAUUAAUGCGACGAACUACGGGUGCUAAGCGCUGCUGGUUUUCUUGGUUACCGGCAUUUGAGACUCGAAAGAGUUGCUCAAAGUGUUCAGUCCAUCGUUUAAGCUGGUCUGUACGGUCUGACCAGUUCUUUUAGCGGCAUCUUCGUAUUCAUCCUAACACCACCAAAGCGGCGAGAAAUGCCGUACAACAGGCGGAUAUCACCAUUGGCAGCGGCGGCUUCCCCCUCUUCAGCUAAGGAGUUGAUCUAGGCUAAAGUGACCAGAUGGUCAGAGGUCUAACGCGGGACACAUAAAACAAAACGUUAUGUAUAUACGUCAUCUGAGCAUAAACCAUAGUUCAGCGAGUCUAAACUGAUCAGUAUUAUUUCUUUCUGAGUAUCGGCACUCAGUUGUGAUUUUUCGGUGGUUUAGAUUUUAUUUACGCCCGAAAAUCACUCACUCUAUCAGAGCAUUUACGCCUGGCCAGCACGAUUCAAAUUCUACAAUUUUCUUCAAAUUACCGAAUGGAAUGCUCGAAAAUUUCUAUUCAUUAUUCAUCGAUUUUAGUGUUAACGUAUGCAUUCAAAAAAUGGAUUAAUUUCGGAUAGAUGAUAGAUAAUUUAUAAGAAUACAUUUUCUUUAAAUCUUACGUUUAAUAAGUCUACAUCAAAAACGGUUCAAGGCUGUUGAUUCGCUGCAGCACUGUCAAGCAUCCUGAUGAUUUUUCCAUACUGCAAGCUCCACCCCACAACGAAAGAGUUGGACAUCCUGAGGCACUUUGUGUCCGCCAGAUAUAGCCGAUCUGGUAUUUACAAUAACAUCUCUUUGCCGCUCCUUAAUCCGGGAGAUCGAAGCAACUGGCCAAACGGUGGAGAAAAAUCUGGCCAAAAUGGACAUUUUUAUGCGGAAGCGUCAGACGAGACCGGCCGUAUCUGAGCAGCAGCCAAUCACCUAGAAGGAGUAGCUUGAGGUGCUGGUGAAAAACUUCUUUCCGGCGAAAGAAGUGAAAAACUUCCACCAAAGCCACGAAAAGGUAAAAUAACACGCCGGUAUACAUCUUUUCAUCGGCCAGGUUCCGGCCAACUUCCGUAAGACCGCCCAGCGCUUCAUUUACGAUACUUCAUCAAACAACUCUGCCUCUUCCUGACGAGUAUACACUAGUUCUUUCGGCUUAUUUAAAACGUUAAGCCCUGACCGAGCUAGGGGACUAAAGAUGAACUUGUCGUCUGACUCACGUUGGUCCCUGCGGAUCAAUAGGGGACUUUUAUAAAAAUCACUUUCCAAUUUCGUUGCUGUCGCUUCCAGUUGACACUCUCUAAACAGAAAGCCCAAUGUCGGUGCGAUGAAAUCAGCUCAACGUAUUAAUCUUUGGAUGUAUUAGAAGCGCUCUUGAACAGUCUGCCAAACAAAUUUUUUUUUGAGGUUCAUCCAUUUAAGAAAAUCAACAUGAUCAAAUUGUGAUAUUGCAAUAUAUUGAUAUCGCGGGACAUUUUCGUUUCUUUUGCCAAAUGCGGGACGUUUCGCGGGACGGAAUCUUACGCGGGACAUUUUGUUGAAAUGCGGGACUGUCUGGUCAGUUUAAUCUAGGCUCUCUUGUCCCGUUUACAAGCCCUCUUAACAGCCUUCUCCAGCUCGGCGUAUCGUUGACGAGCGCCUGUCUUAGCCACUCUGGUACGCGCUCGCUCAAUGCCAGCUUUCGCUUCUCUCCGCUCGUCGAUCAUCCUCCAGGUUUCAUCUGAAAUCCACUCCCUCCGCGUGCUGCGUACUUUGCCGAGGUUUCCAUCACUGGUUGUGAUAAAGGCGUUCUUGAUGCUACUCCAUAGCUCUUCAACAGAUCCACUAGCUGGCACUCCGAGGCUCGUGACACAAGUUGUUCAACAAAUACUCUUUUCACCUCAGGGUUCUCCAACCGGCGGACGUCGUAACGACAUCCAACUUUCUCCUCCCGCCGUUGAACGUGAGCGAUGACAAGGUGAUGGUCGGAUGCAAUAUCGGCGCUGCGCUUGUUGCGUACAUCAAGAAGACUCCUUCUCCAUUUUCGGCUGAUGCAGAUGUGGUCGAUUUGGUUUUCUGUUCGGCCAUCGCAGGAAACCCACGUGACCUUAUGUACUGGUCGGUGGGGGAAGAGCGAUCCAUCAAUCACUAUGUUGUUAUUACCACAUAAUUCUGUAAACAGCUCUCCGUUUUCGCUCAUCUCUCCUAAACCAUGGCGUCCCAUGACGCGUUCAAGGUCCGUAUUGUUUGAGUCAAUCUUCGCAUUGAAAUCACCUAAGCAUAUUUGGAUAUCCCGCUUCCGGACUUUCUCAACCACACUGUUCAGCUGAUUGUAGAAACUCUCUUCCUCCUGCAGGUCGGCAGCAUCUGUUGGCCCAUAGCACUGGAUUGCUGUAAGGUUCCUAACCCGUGUUCUGAAUCUGGCAACGAUUAUUCUUUCGUUAAUCGGUUCCCACCUCAUCAGGACCGCAUGGGCCCCCUGGGCUCAGUAGAAAUCCAACUCCUCGUUCCCGGGGAGCAUUUUCACCACGUAUGCCAGAGUAAAGCAGGACUGGCUCGGAUGAUAUCUUGUGUUCACCAGUGUUUGGCCAGCGGACUUCGCUUAGCCCCAGGAUUUCAAGCUUCAAGCGGCUAGCUUCCCUUGCAAGUUGAGCCAGUUUGCCCUACUGGCAAGAGUCAGUAUGUCUCAUGUUACGAUUUAUUUCCAUGCUAAAGGUCCAGAUCAAUUUCUUCUUUCGUUUUCUGUAACGGUAUGCUGAAGCGCACGCUCCAGCAUACCGUUACAGGGCUCCACCAAGGCGCCAAGUUUAUUUUACCGAAGAAAUUUGAAGAUUUUCGGAGUGGUCAUCAAAAAUCCAGCUGCUUGUUUGGUUUGGUAUUUAAAGUUAUCUUGCUCCCAAAAAUCUUCCAAUUUUCUUCAGUGAAAUGAACAUAGCAUGUUGAGCAGCUUUUUAUUGGAGAACAAGAUUAUCAUUUUUUGACGUAGGAUUACGUCCUUCGGGAACAUGAUGGGAGUGCAAAUUGAAAAACAAAAUCUGUCGCAUCGUGAUAAUUGUCCAAUUUCGUUUAUUGCUCAAUCAUUUUCGGAUGGAUUUACAAGAUAUUUGGAUCAAUCAAUUUAGGCACUGCCCAACAAUUUAUUACAAUGCGGAAAGUUAUAUAAUUUAUCAAACUAACUAUCGAGAAUGAGCGUGCACAAGCGAUCUGUGCUCUCUCAGUUGCUCAUUCAAUGUGUUGAAAUACGAACAACUGUGCAAUGAAUUCAGCGUUUGGCAUGAUUUUCUGCUCCACUAAAUCCCGUGUUUCGAUUGGUCCAAUUAGCGCUCCCCCAGUUUCGCAGUCUGAAAGGAGCAAAUGGCGAUUAAUUUUGCCGAGCAGCAUGUACAUAAGCCGGGUGCCGCGAUUUCAUUUUUUUUAUAUUACUCUAGACAGCGGGCAGUAUAUGUCAAUAUAUUCUGCUUGCUUUGCGGAAUCCCUCCGCAAUAAAAGCAAUAGCUUCGAAGUUAAAAAUAAUUAUUUAAAUAUAAAAAUAUCAGAAUCAAUCUCCACAAAUGUCUGUUGGCGCAUCAUUCAAAAGCGGAUCGUCCGAAUUGAGCUGUCUAUUUUGUUGUACUAUUAGUCCAAUUGAAAUUCGGGUUGAUGUAUCUCAAAUCCAUCUCAAAUAAAGCUCAAUUAUAUAUUAUUGGUGCUACCAAAUAUAUUAUUGGUGCUACCGUGGCCGAGUGGUUAUCGUCAAAUCUAACAUCCGGGGGUUCGGGUACGAUUCCCGUUCUGGUCGGGGAAUUCUUUGUCAAAGAAAUUUCCUCCGACUUGCACUGUGAUCACGCAUAUUCUAGAUCUUGCCACUCACAUGUAUUCAAGACGUACUAUUGGGCAUAGAAAUCUCAAUUUGGUACUAAUAAAAAUGACGAAAGUAAUACUACGUUGAGACGGUGAAGUUCCUUUAGAAACGAAAGUGCCAUUGAAGAAUAAGAAGAACAUAUAUUAUUCUCUUUUAUCACGAGGAAAUUUUCCAAUUUUAUAGAGUUCAGAGAAUGCUGAUUUCCAAUGCUGUGUUGGAAGAAUCGAGAUGUCCAGGGAGACGAUUUCGACGUCCUCAUCGAGUUUUGAGAGUAAUAAGAAGCGACUCCUUGACUCCUGAAACGUGCUGGCCUGGUCAUGUUUUCUUUUAGCUUCCAGCUCAGUGAUGGAGCCAUUUCAAACAGCUCAACUACUGAAUAUUCGUUGAAGAAUCACAUAGCUUAUAUUGUCAGCUUCUGUUCAAGAGUUGAAUUGACUGAGUUGACUUGUCAGUAAAUUUUUAAAACUAAUAACAAUUCAAGUACGAUACGAAGUACAACUCAAGAUACAACACGAGUUGUAGGUGAAAGGGUUAACCUUUUAUAUGGCUGUGGCAACGAUAUUCCCAAUCAUAAAAAAUGCCCUUUUUUCAUUCAAAUAAAUGGUGUAUUUGAUGAAAAAUUCAAAUUUUAAAUUUUUUCUUUGUUAGUCUAUAUAAAUAAUUUUAUUUUUCACUGCACUAGAAUUAUUUUUUAUUGUUUCAAUAGUUUAUUUUUGAACAAAGUUAAAUAUGUGUUCUUUCUCAUGUAAGGAUUAUGUUCUCUGAAGUUUUAGUCGAUUCCUUGCCUAGUUUCCACGGCCUUAUAAAGAGUUAAAUGUUGGAUUUUAUUAUCGGUCGAUACCAUCUUUUUCAAUUCGGUCCACUUUGGACUUGGAUGUGGGAAUUACUGUGCUGUCACAUCAUUCUCUUUUUAUGAGCUAGGGCAGCUUUUACAGAAAGAAAUAUUCGUCAUAGAAUCUGAUCUUGCCAUACUAGCACAUUGUCUGCUAAGAAUUGGAUGUUGGCCCAAAUAAAAGCUGGUAUUUAUUUUCGGGAAACCCGACGCUCAUCUUGUGAUCAUCGAAAUACGUUUCUGGUAAACACAUUACAUCAGGUUGGUAUUUUGUGCAGAAUAUGCAAUUAAAUUUGACGUGAUUGAAGGCCGCAUAUGUUCUGUUCUACUAUCUUUUAAAUGAGGAUGACAUUCAAAGACUGAGCAAGUGAUUCAGUCGAGCCGUUCUCCUCGAUAGAUUGCUGGGGAUUUGACUAUGUGUGAGCAUACCUGUCCGAAAGUGCAUGCUGUCCAACACGACUGCCACCAGCGGCUGAUCGGAAAACUACGGAAUAUCCUCGGUCAGAACCGACAUUGGAGGCAUUGUGCUUGGCGUUUCACAUGCCAUGAACCCUGAUAUCAUGUCUAGUGCUGAAAAGCAGGUUAGAUUUCGAAAUGAUCAAAAGGUUCGGAAUUGGAUAUUAUUGUACCUGAUAGAAGUUGUAGCUUCAAUGUGUGAGCGACCGAGCUGGAAGAUAUAUAGGAUGAUGACGUCCAGGACUAUCCGCCUUAUUACAUCUAUUUCUUUUUUGGAAGUAAAUGGGUUACUGGGUUACACAUUACCGCCUUCAAAUUGAGUUUCUAGUCAAAUGUUGAUAGUUGGCACUUAGCUAUCCUGAGUCACAUUCCUUCUUGGUGUUUCUGCAGUUCAAAUUUGUAACAAUGAAGAGAAGCAUGUGCAUGGUUCGUCCGUACCAUUUCGUCACAUGCUCAGUCUUGCUCAUGCUGAUUAGGAUAUGUUGACGUAGGCCUACGUCCUUCAUCUCUGUAUUGGGGUGUAAGUUUCAAAUUUCGAAAAAAAAGAGAGCAUACGUUUGAAGCGUAAUGUUUUGAGCAUUACUACCUCUUUGCCGGCAGAACGAAGUGGUAUGAUAAUCACUUUUUUUAUCCCAUUUGUUUAUUUAUUUAGGCUCAUUAGCAUUUUUGCUAUAGCAGAGCCGGGUUUUAAUCGUGUACAUGUUACAAGUUUAUGGUUUUUAUAUAUUGUAAAUAACACAGUAGAAGCCAUUUAGGUGUAAGGAUAUUCUUUCUGUUCUUCCAUCGUUAAGCAGACCGAACAGCGUUAUUAAUCAGUGUUAUUAAUAGAAAAACAGCCCGAUGUUUCAGAGCAGUUGUAUGGAUAAAUACAUCUUAUUUCAAUCGUGGAUCGUCACCUUUGCCGAUGAUUGUUGCGUGGACGUAGUUAUUCUAAUGCCUGUAUGUACCGGUAAGUUUCUAAUUUUUUUUUUAAAUUAAUGCUUUAUUCCGCAAAAAUGGUUACAAAUUUAAUAUUCAAAGAAUUGCCCAUCGCUAGUCACAGCUUUUUCCCAUCUUUCUGGCAAUUCACGGAUCCCUUUGCGGAAAUAAUCGGCCGGUUUGUCGGCUAACCACGAAUCGAUUCUAUUUUUGACUUCAUCAAAAUUGGAGAAGUGCUGGUCAACCAGGCCAUGUUGCAUCGAUCGAAAAAGGUAGUAAUCGUACGGAGCAAUGUCUGGAGAAAACGACGGGUGGGAUAGGACCUUCCAUUUCAGCGUUCCCAUGUAUGUUUUGACCGGUUUCGCGACAUGCGGCCGAGCAUUAUCGUGCUGCAAAAUAACUUUAUCGUGUCUUUGCUCGUAUUGUGUCCGUUUUUCCUUCAGUGCACGGCUCAAACGCAUCAAUUGUCGUCGGUAAAGGUCCUAAUGGUUUCAUUUGGUUUUAGCAGCUAAUGGUACACCACACCAAGCUGGUCCCACCAAAUAGACAGCAUAACCUCGAUGCCAAAAAUCCUUCCUUUUAAGUCGUUGUCCAUGAAAAGCGGUAGUUUUAUUUUUUAUCGCAAAACAUUAGACCCGUAUUUUUUCAUUUUUCUAGUAGGGUGACCAUUUCCAUUUUAGGGUUGUCCGAAAAAUCAACUUUUUCCUCUUUUUUCCAAAAAUGACUUUUUUUCAAAAAUUCAUAACUUUUGAACUACUAAACCGGUUCAGAUGAUCGACAUAUCAAAUCAAAGCCAAUCACCUGGUCUUUUUUGAAUACUACACCUGUAGAAAAUUCGAAUUCUGUUCUAGUUAUUAUUGUUAUUUUUUCUUUUUUUAUUGUUUUCAUAGUCUCGUGCGCUAAUUUUUUUUUAUAUAUUUUUUCUAAAAAGCUGAGGAUUUUUCACAUAACAUAUGUCGAAACCAGAGAGGCGAUGUUCUCCGUUUUUGAGUUAUACAAUAUGUAUUGAUGUAUUGAUGUAUUGAGAAUACAAUAAAUAAUUACGAAAUCAAAAUCCAAAUUUUUUGCAAGUCUAAUAUUUAAAAAAAAAAACGAAUUUUCUGCAGGUAUAGUAUUUUCAUAUAUAUUUUUAGGUAGAGUAUUUUCUGCAUGUAAAGACCAGAUAAUUGGCUUUAAUUUGAUAUGUCGAUCAUCUGAAUCGUUCUAAUAGUUCAAAAUUUAUGAAUUUUUGAAAAAAUGUCAUUUUUGAGAAAAAAAAAAAGAGGAAAAAGUUGAUUUUUUGGACAACCUCAACCACGUCUGAUACGUUCACUCAGUUGGAGCAUGGUCACCAUAAACUUCCACCAAAAUGCAAUGACUUCCCGCAGCUUUUUUUUCUUCAUAUUGGAGUAAUGAAGCAACACUCCCCGCAAAAACACUCUCGUUGGUACGAAAUUCGACAUAUUCGAAGUGGAAAAAAACUAUGUUGUUUACGCUUCAACUUUUAGACAUAUGCCGAAAAAGACGCGCAGUGACAGUAGCUUUCCAACGAAUGUCUGGAAAUUUGAUUCACUGGAAUAACAAUCAAGUUACGCCAUCUGUUGUAAAACCGAAGAAAGUUACCGGUACAUCUAAUAUAACAACACAACUAUGGCAUACAAGACAAUCGUGAUUGUGAAACAAAUAAAGAAUCACCUGUGGGUGCGGUAGGUGUCUAAAAGAAGGGGUGCAUACUGGCAAUAAGGACACAAAUGUCAUGUAUAAACGAACAACCGUUGUUUCUACAAAACCAAGCAAACUGAUCGGUCGUUUCAGGGUCACCAAAACAUUCUGCUAAAGUGUUAUGCUGAAAAUUUCGAUAUAUUUUCCAAUAAUAUUUUAAGUAAUAGAAAGUGUUUGUAUUUUUUUUGCCGGGAGAGAGCUUGUGAACUUUUUGAAUUUAGGGGUGUUAUGGAUGUAUUGAUGUUAAUAGUGUUUUGAAUUUUGCCUGAACCUUUCUCAGUUCAUUUGCCUCUAGGGUUGAAAAAGAACAAUUUGGAAAAUUAAAGGUGCGGUCUUAAGAAAGGCCAUUUGAAAACCUUCGCUGCCGCUGCCGUCUGGUCGCUAGCUGGAUGAGUGAUGAAUCAUGAAUUCGUGACAUUUUUCCCGAUCGAUCGAUCAAUUUUCGUGAAUUCAAACAUUGUUUCUGGGUUAAAAAAGUGCUUCGAAGUGUAUCGCAUUUUAAGCUGGAUUUGAAGAGAGUAUUUUCGAACGGCGAAAGCUGCGUUCUUCGAUGGAAAACUAAGACUAAAAACUUGUUCCGCAUCAGUUGCAGUCGCCGUCAUCACCACCACAUAUCCCAUUCGUUUCGGAUUUUGUGUUGUCGUUCUACGAAAAGUUCUGCAUAGCAGAAUUUAGGGACUAUUUAUUUGGGAAAUAAUGUUGCUACUGUUACAGAUGUUAAGAUACUGAGAUAAUGAAGAACUACAUGGAUAUUCAAUAAGUUCAGUGGAAUGUUAAUACUGAGAGUUAAUUUGUGGUGCGGCAUUUUGCGACAGCUGUGAUGUGAGCGUCCAAAUUGAAAGGGUUUGUCAAUGUGUGUUUGGCAAGAUUGGCGAUCGAAAUAAAGCGUGUUGCAGCAAGACUCUUUCUCCUGAAUAAUAUCGUUACGGAACGGAUAUAAUCGCUGUAGAAGGGUUGGGGUGAAAUUCAGUAAAGUUACAACCUUUUUGUACGUCUUCUUGUACGUCUUGAUGAUCAAUCAAUCAAUCUUCAAACGUCAAGACGUCAUUCUUGAUGGUUUGAAGGAUCGUGAUUUCUUUAUCCAAGGCAGCUUCCAUGUACUCUUGCAGCUCACAAUGGGUACGGUUUUUGGCCGAUAGGAUGUUUAUUCGACGUGUAUCACAUAAUCGGGUUGGAAACAGAUGAUCACCGGAUAAAUCAGGACAUGCCAUUGAAUCGUGCUCGAAUCGGCAUUCUAAGAAGCUAUGUAGCUAAUUUUUCUAUUUCUCCGGUAGUUGAACAUAAGUAUGAUUAGUCCAUUCUUUUCAUUGAUGAUCGAAGAUUUAGGGUCUUUCUUCCCUUAACGGAUGAUGCAGAGGUUGUGUAUCACAUAUUCCGUCCGAUUUGUUUCGUACUUUUAUGUUUAAACAAUGCCACGAAACAUACCGAAACAUAUUCUAAAUAGAUAGAUUUUCUAAACUAACCCUUACUCAUCCAUUGUUCGUGUGUUCUUGGUUAGACCGAAGAAUCUUUUUAGCCGAUUACUAGAAACUAGUGGACACAUUAUUAAAAUUAAUUCAAACGAUACUCGGUUCUUAAACCGAAAUAUAUUCUCAAGAAAGAUAGUUCAACGGAAGACUUGGAUAACGCAUUCAACUUCCUGUUAUCUUUAGUUGGAAUAAGUUAUUCUCACAAUUAAAAGUACUAAGAUGAAGUUGGAGUAAAGCUGCGCUGUUUGCCAACCUGUAUGCUAACCUGUAGAAGAGCUUUAAGUAAUAUUUUUCCUCUCCCAGAUGGCGAAAUCCAAAAAGGCGACAUACAAGCUAGAUAUUUUUAUUUAAAAAAGACACACAGAGGUGAAAACGAACCGUUUGUAGGCAAGAUAAUCCGACAUGGAAACGAAGUACAUUUGCGAUGAUGCGAAAUAAAUAUACAGAGCAGAGACUAUAGGUGUUUUAGCUGUUUGAUUAUUAUGACUACGAGAAAAUGUGUGAGAGAAAAGAAAAAUCGCAAUGAAAUCUUAUGACAACCACAUGAAGCUUCAUUGUACUAUAAACCAAAACAACUGCAUGACAACAAAAAACAUAUACCUACUCAUACAGUCUGAAAACAAAGCGAACGCGAGAACGAAACAUGAAACAAGAGCUGCAACAAAAUCGUCAAGAACGUAUAGAAAUCUACAAGAAGCUGUACUAAGAAGCGAUGUAUAUAAGUACUUAUUAAGCCAACAAACAAACAAACAAAAAAGUUGUAGAAAAGCUAGCUAAACAAAUAAUGAAACAAAUCAGCAUAACGGAAACAGCAAAUCCAAACUAAAGGCUAAAUUCAUUGUGUAAAUUAAACAAAACAAGUCAUUAAAAUCGCAUAUACUCAAGACAAGAAACACUUAUAUUUGUAGCAUUGAUAAAGGGACAAUGAAGCAAAAAUUACAAAAUUUGCCAUCUACUCUAUCUCUCAGCAAAACUAAGCAUACGAGCUAGGGAGAAGGAGGGUGAAGAGAAGAAAUCGCAUUGUUUACAAGUAGCAUAGCAUAACCUGUUAACCGAACGCUGGAAACAAACUCAUAUUAAAAUUAAAACAAAAAAAAAAAGCAUAAAAAGAUGAUCGUUCACCGACAUAGUCUAUAUACAAUGGAAGUUUAAACUUUUUUUUAUAAAGAAAUGUAAACUGCAGAAGCAAAACUAAAAAAAAAUCGCUGUGAAUAGUUCAUUAAAAAUACCACUCACAACACUCACGAAAACCACAGAAACCACUGAAUUGAACGGGAAGAGACAUCUUGUUUGAGAACAAAUCUCAAACCUCAAACGGUUUAUCGAACAUAACAAACACCUUUCCACUGAAAACCACAAACCCCUUUUUUUGACUUCCUCUUUUACUUUUGUUUCACCCUGAAACGAAGGAGCCUUUGGACGAGAUAUAUUAACUAAAGCUAAAAACUUAUACUAAUCUAAAAAGAAUACUCAAAUUGAUAUUGUUGUUUGUUAAAAUUGACGAUGAGAAAAAAAAUCGGAAUUACGUUUCAUUGACAUUUACAAUUCUUGAGCGUUUAUAAUUUUCACUUGAUUUUGCACAAUCGUUACUAUUUCCCAAAAAUUCGGCCACGCUUGAAACGAGGACAAACAAACAAAAAAAAAAGCAAGCGCAAGCGAAAUUCAAACCUAUUGCUCCAAUCUAAACUAACAUCCCAAGAUUUCUAAGCAUUGACAUAAAAACAACAUUAUGUAUGGAAACAUGAAACAUGAGAGGAAAACGAGACAAAAAAAACAUCAAAUUCACCCCCCGCUCUGGAAGGGACACAAAAGCACACUCACACGCAGACACAGAACAAAGAAAAACAAAAAAAUCGUUAAGUUUUCAAUUACUGAAUCAUUGUAAUUAUAUACAUAUAUAUUGUAAACUAAUUGCCACUGAUUAUGUUUUUACUGGAGGACGCGAGAAGAAGAGGAGAAAUAAAACAGAAAACAAACCGUACGCAAACUACUAUCAGUUAACGAAAACACGGAGAAAAAGAACUUUCUGAAAACAAGCAAAGAAAAAAACGAGCUAACGUGAAACUAAAAAAAAAGCGAAAAUGAGAAAAGA